UGUAAGAGGUAACUAUAAUUCUAUCGUCGUAGCAACUGUGUACCUGCUUUUUCGUUUUGAUCAUAUAGAUCUCCGUCUGUAAUCCUUCCAAAAUGGGAUUCGUUUUUAAGUUAGACUUGCGCUUUUUUCCCCCUACUACGGCGCACCAUGCUUUCAGAGGAAUAUACCUUCGAACCGGCUCAGCUUGCUGAUCUCGACCGAGUACACCAAUUGGAAUCGUCUUCUUACCAUCCCGAUGAAGCCGCUUCAAGACAACAGCUUGAAAAUCGCAUCGGAUUUGCGGCCAUGAGUGAUCCUGCUUUGUUCACCGUCAUGCGCUGUCAAGGCAACAUCAUUGGCUUUAUAUGUUCCACAUUAACCAACAAUGACUUGGUUACGGAUGAAUCUAUGAGCGUCCACGAUCCUCAAGGACAGACCGUGUGUCUUCACAGUGUCACGAUCGAUCAUGCUUAUCGUCGCCGAGGCCUUGCUCAGGCUAUCUUAAACAAGUGGAUCGACGAAUUGCGCAAUGUCCACGAUCGACGUCCGGAACAAAAAUAUAAACGCAUUGCAUUACUUAGUCGUCCUUAUCUAUUGCCGCUGUAUGAAUCUGUCGGGUUCAAAACAUUAGGUCAAAGCGUUGUUCAGCACGGCCCUGAGCCUUGGUUUGACUGCAUUAUCGAUUUAUAACCUGCUUGUCCGAUUGCCCAAUAAAAAAUACAUUGGAUUGCCCAUCUAGAGCGCCCAUCACCAGUCCCCGAAAAAGACCGGUCACCGGAAACAGGGUAUUGGUAUAUUCCAUGUCAUACCAGUAAUUGAUCGCAAUGACGCCAUCAUCCCCUUUUUGCAAAACCUGAUGAAACCAGAGUGCUUUACAACGAACACAUGGUCGAGUUUCAGUAUCGAUGGAAAGUGAAAUACGAUAGAUCAAUACCAAUUUUUUACCUGGCAAAUAUAACAUUUCACCUUCGCCAAUGGUGACAACGAUGGGACGCGCGUGAGCAAAUCUUGGGUACUGUUCCAAAUCGGG